UCGCUCCAACAACAACAACAUGGCCAUACGCAGAAAAGACAGCUUCCUCUGGGGGAAAGCUCCACCGAAACUCCCCCUAGCAGAACGCAGGCAGGACGACACUGUCAAGAGCCAUAAGUUCGAGCUGCUGGAUGACAUUCAGAAGCUGAGGUUGGAGAUCAAUCACGUCAUGCCAGAAAUCCACAGCCCUGACCCUAAGGAGCACAAUAAAAAUGUUGUUAAGAACAGGAGAUUCCUGCGAGGAAAAAAGAAAUUCAACAUGGACCCCAAAACUGGCAUCUACUACCUGGUUGAAAAUGGACUUCUUGAAUGGCAAUCAGACUCAGUGGCAGAGUUUCUCUACAAAGAGGAGGGACUGAAUAAAACCGCAAUUGGCAACUUCUUGGGAGAAAGAGAGGAAAUGCAUCUGGAGAUACUGAAAGCGUUUGUGGGUCUGCAUGAGUUCUCAGACCUGAAUUUGGUGCAGGCGUUGAGACAGUUUCUGUGGAGCUUUCGUCUCCCAGGAGAAGCUCAGAAGAUUGACAGGAUGAUGGAGGCGUUUGCAACUCGCUACUGUGACUGUAACCCAGGGGUCUUCCAGUCCACAGACACCUGCUACAUCUUGUCUUUUGCCAUCAUCAUGCUCAACACGAGUCUCCACAACCCCAACGUGAAAGACAAACCCAGUCUACAGCGAUUUGUGUCCAUGAACAGAGCCAUCAACAACGGAGAGGACCUGCCCACCGAGCUGCUCACGAAACUGUAUGCGAGCAUCCGCAGCGAGCCUUUCAAAAUCCCAGAGGAUGAUGGGAACGACCUCACGCUGACGUUCUUUAAUCCAGACAGAGAAGGCUGGCUCCUUAAAAUCGGUGGGCGAGUUAAAACCUGGAAGAGGAGGUGGUUCAUUUUGACGGACAGCUGCCUGUACUACUUUGAAUACACCACAGAUAAAGAUCCAAUCGGGAUUAUUCCUCUGGAGAACCUUUGUGUCAGGAAGCUACAAGACACAAGCAAACCGUACUGUCUGGAGUUAUAUAACCCCAAAGGACAAAAGAUCAAGGCCUGCAAGACGGAGAACAAAGGCAGAGUGGUGCAGGGUAAACACCAGUCUUAUAAGCUCAGUGCAGGCAGCGCAGAAGAACGGGAUGACUGGAUCGAGGCCAUCAGGGCGAGCAUCACCAAGGACCCUUUUUAUGACCUGGUGUCUCUACGCAAGAGGAAAGUCAUCAGCAACACUUCCUCAUAGGAGUGAAAAAUCUGUGGAAACUGGCAGCACCUGGACAUGUUUGAAUACAUGAAUCAAUCUGAGCUUCAAUGAGAGAAACUUAAUCAGAACAGGAAUGUGCAAACUGGGAAGUGACACUUGUAGUAUGAAAGAAGAAACGUGAACUUAAUGGGUUGCAGUAUAAAGUCUUCACAUCACUUCUGCAAACUGCAUGCACUACUGCUCCGACUUCAAGGGCUAAUGAGUCCUACUGACAAACACCUGCUGCAGGAAGAGGAAGAGGAAGAGGAAGGUUACAGGUAGCUGGUCUGUGACUGUCAUCAGUGUUUUACUGAACUGUUGGUGCAAACCCUAGAGGCCUUUGAAUUCACAUUUCAAGUUGAGAAGUCAGGCAGACUGCCGCAAAGAGACCCAAACUGACCACAAACACGCAAAAUGAGAAAAGAGAAUCAAACCAACAACAGACAAAUGAUCACCACGGCAAAGACACUCAAAACGACGACAAUCAGGCUCUAAAUUAUCACAAAGAGAACUCAGUAUGUCUGUAGAGAGACUGAAAAGACACACAGAGAGACAUGACAUGACCAUAAAGAGGCUAAAAAUGAUUAGACCCCAAAUAACCACAAAGAAUCCCAAUGUGGCUGCAAAGUGACUCAAAAACACCACGAAGUAGCACAAAUCAACUACAAAUGGACACAAAAUACCACACAGACACAAAAUGAGCACAGUCACAAAUGAAGCCUCUGAAGACUAUGAAGAAAGCUAAAAAGGCUGUAAAUGGACUCAAUGGACAAACAGAGAAAAUGACUGCCAAGACACACAAAAUUACCACAAAGAGGCAAAAAAGGCUACAAAGACGCUUAACCUGACAACAGACAAAAUGACCACAAAGAGACACGAAAUAACUUCAAAGACUGGCAAAAUGACGGCAAAGAGGGAAAAAAACAACAACAAAACAAGCAAAAAGCCUGCAGAGACAUAAAAUGGCCACAAAGAGAUUCCAAAUGACCACAGAAAAUUCCAGAUAACCACAAUGGGACCCAAAAGGAUCACAAACAAAUCUAAAAUGACUGUAAUUAGAAAAGAAAUGAUCACAAAGACACAAAAAAUGGCUCUAAAGAUACAAAAACAUCCACUAAGAGAUGCAAAACAAUGGUAAAAAUGUAUAAAGCCUCAGUAACAUGGUCCAGGGGAGUUAAUAUUUAUUAUUUCAUGUCAGAAUACUUAAAGUUGUUUAUGUCAAAUAUGUUUAUUCCUCUGAUUAAUGUAGCUUUUAAAAUGUACAGUUCAUUAUUGUAUAUUGAGGGCUUUACCUUUAAGUCUGAACACUUUCACUAGUUUGAUCUAAUCUGCUGUUCUCACACCAUAUCCUGUAGAGUGCAAAUGUAAAAAUGAUGAGUCAAAUCUCGCUGGUUUGAUCCUUCAGAGAAAUGAGUGUAGCACUUUGUUAAAACUGUUUUCAUCCUUCAGAGAAAACAUGAAUCUUAAAAGGAGAAGUUGUAUGAAGGAUUAUACACUUUUCCUACUCCACUUAUUUUUGAAAUCCUUAAAUCCUUUUUUUUGUCUUACUGUAAAUACAGAUUUAAAAGCUAAACAUAUUUUCAAGUUCCAAUUUUAACUUAUGAACCACAGA